GAAUGAGUUGGCCGAGUCCCUUCAUACGACGAUGGUGGAGAGGAGCCAGUUGGUUCUUCAGGAGUCCGCCUCCCAGCUUCCUCCCGAGACUCCGGUCGAGUCUGUGGCUCCUCCACAGGAUGCUGGAUUUCAGAUCUUGACGGAGACGUUGGAUCAGACUCUCGGGAGGAGGCCGGGGACAUAUUGUCGAGGGAUGGGGAAUGCCCGGCAGAGGGAACCUCGACCUCGUUCAUCGGCGCAGUCAAACAGUCAGGUCACUGCUUUGACAGCACAGGUGGCCACUCUUCAGAGCCAGAUGUCGGUCAUUCUGCAGUCCCUCGCACGGUCCGGCAUUCCAGUGCCGCAUUUUGAUGCGCCGACCUCCGAGCCCGUCCAUCCCGGGCAUCCCCACCAGACCACUGCCCCGGGUGGCCAAGGAUGA